CGAUGCUUUCCUCUCAAGAAGUUGAAGAACUGGUUGAACUGUGUGACUUUGCUCUUUCUCUUUAUGAGACUCAACAUCCAGGAGAGUAUUGGAAGUUUGAGAGGGGUUAUGGAGGGAAACGAUGGUCUACUCUUACCGAUCAGUAUUUCCUUGAAUUUUUCGGCAAAAAGGCAGAUUGUAAUUCCUUACGAAAUUUUGUGGUGCUUGCCAUUUGUUCUGAUUUUGUGGGAUGUGAAAAAUUCAAAGUAGACCAAUGUGUCUUAGUGAAAGAUGAUGAGGUGGAGCCAAUGGAUGAAAAUAUUAAGGAAAGGGUGAGCAUGGAGAAUGGCCGAAUUUUCCUAUUUUCACAUAAAGAGCUCCAGGAACAUUACAAAAAAUUUGUUGAAUUCUGCAAGUCUGCGCUCACUUACUAUCAAGAGCGCCAUGUCGGAGAAGCUUAUGAGUUUGUGGAGAUACAGACGGCGAGACACUCUAUCAUUAGAGGCAUUUUUAUAUUUCAUGCGAAAAAGAAGGCCGAUGCUACUCUUGCAACUUUUAAAACCUAUACUCAUCCUCUCGUUCUACGCAUGGACAUAGAUGUUGUGGGCUCUUUUGAGCAAUAUUUCAGCGGGUACUAGGCGACACCUACAACACUGCACUUAAUUAGGCCUUUCAGUAGUUUAUUGCUUUUUUUUAAUUUUAAUUUAUUCUUAAUUCUUAAUAGUCGAUGGAUAUUGUAGUCGAUGGAUUUUUAAGCCUUUUAGCUCUAUAUAUAUAUAUGUUUAUAGACUCCUACAUUCAUCCGAUGUAUAGAUCAUAUUUAUUGGUGGUA